AUGAAAAAGUUACUAAGCGACAUAUCAUUCGAGGUUAAAAAAGCAGUAAAGAAAGAAAUAGGCUCAGUAAAUGAAGCGCUCAGCUCUUGUUGUCAAAAAAUGGAUGGAAUAAUGGACACUUUAGCGACAAUUAGCGGAAAAAUAAAAGAACUGGAAAACAAGAAUACAUAUUUAACAAACCAAAAUAAACAUCUAGAGCUGAAAAUCGAUGCUAUGGAACAAUACAUUGGAAACCUUGAGCAAAAACAGCUUAAUAACACAUUUGAAGUCGCAGGAGUACCCGAAAUAAAAGACGAAAAUACGGAAAUUAUCCUAAAUACACUAGCAACGAAGUUAAAUAUUGUAAAAAAAGAAAUAAGUACAGUUAAAAGAUUGAAGGGGAAAAAUGGAAAGGAGGGCGUGAUCCAGGUAUCUUUCAAACAGGAGGAACAAGUGGACCAGUGA